AUGGGAUUUCUUCGUGAAGGGUUGAAUUACCAUAUAAUCUAGGGGUCGUCGUCCUCAGUUUCCGAAUUUGAGUCUUGUGCUUCAACCAACUCCUCUUUGCCAUUCACUCUUUCAUGGCCUGAGUUGUUUCUGUUUCUGUCUCUGUCACUCUUUCGAUUAUCAUCGGCCAUACUGGGCUGACCACACUCGUUCCUCUUUCAGAAUUAGUCCCAUAAUUACAGUCUUUUGAUCAUAAUCAUCACUCACACUCGUUUCACCAUGAAGUGGUCUUUCGCCCUUCCCCUACUUGGGCUUUCCGGCGCCCUCGCACACCCAGGCCAGCGCAAGUACCUCAACCAGAGGAACGAGACUCUUGUCUCAGGUCAAUCUGGCAACUCUUUCACCCAGACUGCAUCUGUGCCUGUGCCCCUUAGCACCGGUGUGACCUUCCACCCUCCAGCCAACUCAACCCGCACACUCACGUUGGCCACCGGCACAGCGUCUGCCUCUGACGAUGUUGUGGCCGCAACGGCUGCUUCCUCUAGCACGGAGUACGAAUUCCCAACCUCCAAACUUGGGCCCAUUGCGACCCUGAAGCCUGCUAUCCCAGACAACCACGAUCUCAACGAUGUUAACAACCUCACUCCUCAGCCUAGCGGCGCUGGUGCUCCGAUUCACUACGCGCAAGAUGCUGGCUCGAACGGAGGUGGCAUCUAUGCUGUUGCUACCCCUAAGUGGACUGCUCCGUCCAUCGUUCUCGACCACUCGGGCCUCGUCAGCGAUGUUAAGCUCUCGGGUCAAGGCAGCCUUGUCAUGACUUUUGGUGAUCAGAAUGCCUUUGACCACAGCGCGUCCAACUGGAAGGCCGACAACAUCAUCUUCGUCACCUACACGCCGGAGUGCGGUGACUACGACUUGGGCCAGAGAUGCUACUUCCAGGCCAACUCCGUCACCUUUGACCGCAAUUCCCUCUCUGCAACCGCGGCAGGACAGGCCAAGGAUAUUGGCGAUGUCACGAAGGACAUCAACGUCGUGUGGGGAAACUACGGUAGCCAGAACGUCAACUACGGCAACCCCGCGGCCACCGCUGAGCCCACCGCGACUGAGACCGACGUGAAUCCGGCCUACUCCGUUGCUCCUACCAUGACUGCCGCCUGCGUAGCUCCCGUAGAUGACAAGUACGGUCUUCCCACGGCGUGCUUGGGACCUUACUUCGACGAGGUUCUCGACACGGGGCUCGGCUACUUCGAGUCCGACGUCUUCAGCUUCAACGAGACCCUGUACGAGGUUGACAUUGACGGCGAGCUGUCCAACUCCACUCUCGCCAGACGUACUGUCUUCGAGUCCAUCGGCAACGGCUUCAAGAAGAUCGGCCAGGCGACCAAGAGCGGCAUCGUCACCCUCAGCAACAAGAUUGAGACGGGAGCCAAGGCCGCUAAGAACAACGUCGUCAAGACGGGCGAAAAGGUUGUCAAGAUUGGCGCCAAGGUCGUCGAGGUCGGCAAGGCCGUCGUCGAAGUUGGCGGCAACAUCCUCACGGGGAAGCCUAACCGCUUUGAAAAGGACUUUGACAAGCUCCUCCUUCCCUGGCCCGCCAAGGAUUGCAAGGAGGCCGAGAACGACAAGGACAAGAAGGAAAAGCUCAAGAACGCCUGCAAGCCCAAGAAGCAGGACAAGGACAAGGACAGCGAGGCCAAGGCCGUCAAGACCCCCUGGGGCGACGACGCGCUCCUGCUCAAGUCGUUUGGCACUAUUCCUUCGCCCAAGGAUCUGCGUCCUAAGGGAUCCAAGAAGCAGACCACCGUAGCCAAGGGCAACUUCAUCAACCUCUACUGCGUCAAGUGUGGUCUCUCCGGAUCUCUCAAGACCAAGGGCAACAUCACCAUUGAGAACAUCAAGGGCAUCACCGAUGGAUACAUCGAGAGCGACAUUGACCUCUCCGUCGGUCUCGGUAUCGGUAUCUACGCUCAGUACUACCAGGAGCACAAGUUCCGCAACAACUUGUACGACAUUCCCCUCUCGCCCUUCACCCUCGGCUUCGUCACCGUCGGUCCCAUGCUCUCCAUCGGCACCGAGAUCAAGUUCAGUCUCAACAUGACUGGGACCGCCGUUGCCCGCGCCGACGUCAGCAUCGCCCGCGCAAAGUUCGUCUACGACUGGAAGAAGGGCAGCUCCAAGUCCAUUGGCUUCAAGCCCCAGUUCAAGCCCAGCUUCGAGGCCGAGGGUCAGGUCGAGAUCGCCGCCCAGUUCGGCAUCCCCGUCGGCCUCGACUUUGGCGUCACCACCUUCAACGGAUGCUCCAAGUGCAAGGGCGCCAUCGGCAUUGAGACCAUGCCAUCCAUCAAGGCUGCCGCCGCCAUCGCUGUCCAGGCCAAGUGGGACAACAGCACCGAUGGUAUUGAGGCUGGCCUGAAGCCCCUCAAUAACUGCACCGGCAUCAGCACCACCCUCAGCGUUCGUAACGAUGUCACGGCCAAGUUCAAGGGCUUCGGACUCGUCGACAAGGACUGGCCCAUCCAUGAGACCAAGGACUACAUUAUUGCCUCGUACUGCAUUGGCAACAAGACGGACGGCACAAGCAAGAGCAAGCUCGGCCUCCACGACGAAAAGCGCUCUCUCCCCUCUACUCCCUACAACAAGUACGAGUACCGCCGCGACGCGAACAACGUCUCCGUCCCCACCAACACCACAACCAACUCGACCCAGCUCGCCGACCUGACCAAGUACGUCGUCGAGGAGAUUGAGUACCUCGACUACAACGGCACCGACCUCGCCGCCAUCCCCUACGAUCUCGACGAGGCGGCCUUUGACGGAUACUGGUUCAGCACCCUCGCCCUCGAGAGCGACAACAGCUACGUGCUUGCCGCCUGCAGCGACGGCAACGUCUACCUCCAGAAGAGCACCACCCAGAACGACCUGCCCUACUACGUCACCUGCAACACCCUUUGGGCCGGCUACGGCGAGGCCGCUCUCUCCACGCCCACCGGCGAGGUCCUUCACUACUACAACAACACCAUGGACAAGGUUGGCGUCAGCCGUCUCCGCGCCGGAGAUGAGGCCAACCUUCCCGGAACCUCAGUCUAUGUCGCACUCACCCCCUUCUACUACGAUGACAACGACAGCACCGCCAGCAUCCUCGCGGCUAUCGAUCCCGAAGAUAACAUUUUCUUCCCCGCCGUCUGCACCUACAAGGGCGACCAGACAGCCAAGAUCUACCUGGUUGGCGAAGACGUCGACGCCGGUCUCGAGAUGCUCAAGUCCCCGGAUCUCACCUACACCGUAACCAACGGCGAGGUCGACGAUUGCUACCUCCUUUUCCUCGGCAUCACCAACCGCGAGCUUGGCGAGUGGGCCGACUAUGGCGACGAUGUCUCGGAUGCCUAUGAGAGCGACCCGCUCGACGUCGAGUUCGAGGACACGCUCUUUGACACUGAUGGAGACUUGUUGUUGCCUGCUGAUGAGCUUUUCGCUUACCAGGACGAUGUCAACUAUGAUGAUGUUUUUGAUGAGUCGUUGGAUGACAUUACUUGGGAGUAAGGAGUGGAAAACUCCGCUCCGUCCGUAGCUCCGACGUUGAAUCAAAGGAGCGUUGUUCUUCAAGGAGAAAUGAAGAAAUCAUAGAAACACUACUUACAAUUAAUACAUAAUAGAGAUCCCUAUGUUCCAAGGUUUUGAUUGCUCC